AUGAUGGCUGAGAUCACGGCGACGGAGGAGGCCUCCAAGAGGGGUCUAGAGCUGGCGGUGGUGGUGCCGUCCAUGACCAUGGGCCCCAUGCUACAGCAGUCGCUCAACUUCAGCAGCAGCCACGUGGCCCGCUACCUCACCGGCGUCAAGCCCACCUACCCCAAUGCGGUCGCCGCCUACACCGACGUCCGUGAUGUCGCCCGCGCGCACGUCCUCGUCUACGAGCACCCUGAUGCCCGCGGCCGGUACCUCUGCAUCGGGGCCGUGCUGCACCGCGCGCACUUCCUUCAGCUCCUCGGCGACCUCUUUCCUCAGUACAACAUAACCGCCAAGUACGUCGAGUAG